UCUUCCAUCAGGACAUCUCACUCUAAAACAACUGAACUAAAAGAGAUCACUGCGAAAUCUGUAAUGAAGAUUGUGGUUCGGUUCAAGUCCGUCGUUUUGAUUUCGAACCGAAGAUUCCCACUCGUUUUCUUCUCAAGUCUCUCAAAGUCUUCUAAACCAAAAAACAGAGAGCCUCCAUUGAAGAGCCGAGCAGAACCUAGCAUCGCUUCGCUCUUCAACGAGAUAACCGACAUUCUAGGAGCUGAUGUCGUUGCUACAGAUGAAACCCAGUUCAGGUUUCCAGUUUCCAGGGAAACCCACGCGAGGGAUAAUGUUCGGGGUGAAGCUUCGUGUUCACGCACGCAAGACGUUCGUGAAAAUGCCGGAAAGGGCUUGUCGGGUGAGGAAGAAAGUGUCCAUGUGAUUAGCCAUGAGGAAAUCGACGUCAGCCCAGUGGUUCAUGAGAUAACGAGGGUCAUCAGGAGAGAUGAAGACGUUGUUCCAAUGGAAGAUAGGUUAGAGAAACUGGGUUUUCAGUUUGAGCCAGAGAUCGUGGAGAAAGUACUCAAGAGGUGCUUCAAGGUGCCUCAUUUAGCCUUGAGGUUCUUCGAUUGGGUGAAGAACAAGGAUGGGUUGUCACUUACGACCGCAACUUACAAUACAAUGUUGUGCAUAGCUGGGGAAGCUAAGGAACUCGGUAUGGUAGACGAAAUAGUGAAAGAUAUGGAGAGAAAAUCUUGUGAGAAGGAUAUCAAGACUUGGACUGCUCUUAUCGCGGUAUACGGGAAAGCAAAAAAGAUAGGACAAGCUCUGUCCUUUUUUGAGAGCAUGAGGAAAAGUGGGCACGAGCCUGAUGCUGCAGCUUACAAGAUCAUGAUAAGGUCUUUAUGCGUUGCAGGGAGAGGUGAUAUUGCACUUGAAUUCUACAGGGAGAUGGUUGAAAAGGAUAUGGCUUUCGAUCCAAAAUCAUACAAGAUAUUGCUGGAUUGCAUAGCGAGAUCAGAGCAAUUUGAUGUAGUUCAGUCUGUUGCGGAUGACAUGGUUAGGAUAUGUGAUAUUUCAAAGCAUGAAGCUUUUGGUUGUUUGCUGAAGAGUUUAUGUAUUUCAGGUAAGAUGCGAGAAGCCCUGGAACUGAUUCGCGAGUUAAAGAUCAAAGAAGUGUGUCUCAGCCCUAAAUAUUUCGAGAUUUUGGUUAAGGGUCUCUGUAGAACCAACAGAAUAGCAGAUGCACUUGAGAUUGUCGAUAUAAUGAAGAGAAGAAAUUUGGUCGAUUCAAAUAUUUACGGGAUUGUUAUCAGCGGGUACCUAAGGAAGAGUGAUAUCCCUAAAGCACUUGAACUGUUAGAAAUCAUGAAAAAUUCAGGGCAUUCACCUUCAGUUCCCACAUACACAGAGGUUAUGCAACACCUCUUUGAGACGAAACAAUUCCAAAAAGGUUAUGACCUGUUCAAUGAGAUGAUACAGAAUGGAACUGAGCCAGAUAUUGUUGCUAUCACAGCUGUGGUUGCUGGUCACGUGCGCCAAAAUCGCAUAUCGGAAGCAUGGAAGGUGUUCAGUAGUAUGGAGGAGAAGGGCAUCAAGCCGACGUGGAAAUCUUAUUCCGUAUUUGUAAAGGAGCUCUGUAGGGCAUCAAGAUAUGAUGAGAUCCUAAAGCUACUUAAUCAGAUGCAGACAUCCAAGAUGGGUAUCAGGGAUGAUAUGUUCUCUUGGGUAAUAUCUUGUUUGGACAAAAAGGGUGAAAAGGAGAAGAUAGAGAAGGUACGAGAAAUUCAGAGAAAACGCAAAUUCUAUUCCCAAGAGCGGAGAGAAUCCAAAAAAGAGCUUGGGGAGGAAGAGGAAGUAACCGGUGAAUCAAAAUUUUCACUACCGGACCAGAAGCAGGCAGCCGUUCCAACACCUUCAUCAGCUGUGAAUGAGAUGGAUGUAAAAGAGAUUUGUCGCUUGUUGUCCUCUUCUACAGAUUGGAAAAGAACCCAAGAAGCUCUUGAAAAUUCAAGAAUCGAGUUUAACCCACAACUAGUGGUCGAGGUUCUCCGCAAUGGCAAGAUACAAGGUAAUGCAGUUCUGCAUUUCUUUUCAUGGGUGGGGACUAGAAGUGAUUAUGAGCACACUUCGGAUACUUACAAUAUGGCCAUCAAAGUUGCUGGCACUGCAAAAGACUUCAAGCAUAUGAGGAAUCUCUUUUACGAGAUGAGAAGAAGAGGUUGCUUGAUAGCACAAGAUACAUGGGCAAUCAUGAUAAUGCAGUACGGCAGAGCCGGUCUAACUGAUAUUGCGCUGAGAACAUUCAAAGAGAUGAAAGAUACGGGUCUUGUUCCAAAGACUUCAACCUUUAAGUGUUUGAUCACCGUUCUUUGCCAGAAGAAAGGCAGGAAUGUCGAAGAAGCAGUAAAAACAUUUCGCCAGAUGAUUCGUUUGGGACUAGUUCCUGACAGAGAAUUGGUCGAAGACUAUAUGAGAUGUUUAUGUGAAGUUGGUAACGUGAACGAGGCCACGAGAUGUUUAGAAUCUCUUGGCAAGAUUGGUUUCUCCAUCCCUCUGGUCUACUCCAUGUACAUCAGAGCUCUUUGCCGGGUCGGAAAACUAGAGGAAGCGCUGUUAGUUUUAGCAGGGUUCGAAGAAGAUAGAUCUCUGCUUGAUCACUACACAUAUGGAAGCAUCGUUCAUGGUUUACUGCAACAGGGAAGGUUACAAGAAGCACUGGCUAAAGUGGAUUCAAUGAAGCAAGUAGGAGUAAACCCAAGUGUCCAUGUCUACACAUCCCUAAUCGUUUACUUCUUCAAGAAGAAGCAACUGGAUAAAGUUCUUGAAACUUACCAGAAGAUGGAGGAAGAGGGUUGCAAGCCUUCAGUGGUUACCUGUACGGCCAUGAUCUGUGGAUAUAUGACCAUGGGGAAGGCUGAAGACGCUUGGACUGUCUUCAACAACAUGAAAGAGAAGGGAUCUUUACCGGAUUUCAUGACAUACACAAAGUUCAUGAACUGUUUGUGCCAAGCAGGGAAAUCUGAAGAUGCCAUGAAUCUUCUGUCUGAGAUGCUGGAUAAGGGUAUCGCUCCGAGUACUGUCAAUUUCCGGACAGUUUUCUACGGGUUAAACAGAGAAGGCAAGCAAGAUCUUGCCCGGAAUGUUUUACAGAUGAAGUCGGGUUUAGCAGCCAAACGUAAGGUAUCAAGAUGAUGUCUCUUAAUCUUUUAGAUAGGAUAUGAUCAGGUCUCUUCAAUGGUUUCAUCCAUCAUUGACAUUGAUAUUUUCAGCAAGAAUCAUGUAGAAAGGAAACGAACACAACCAGUAAAUGCAGAUUAUGUAUCUUAAAAGUAAAUCUCAAUAAAUCAGAGUGAUAUACAACUGUUGUUCACA